GUAUUCUACACAUAUACAUAUUCUACAGCCGGAUGGCUUGGCCUUCAGGGCAUCUCGCUGGCUGUCAUGCCGCGGAUGAUUGCGACGAUGUUGCUGAACGAGAAUCGGCCACCCUCAGCUCUCGAGGUGUAUUUUGCCCGCUGUUUUGGUUUCAGUCUGUUGACUCUCGGCGUGCUCACGAUCAUGCUCACGGGCUCGAUCCCGCUCACCCCAAUGAUGGCGGAGCCCGUAACAAGCGAGGAAUCUGACCCCAAAGCCCCCUACGCAGUGCCAACCUUAACGGUGACGUCUAUCUACCAUGCGAUCUCGGCGUUCUACGCCUAUACCUGGUGGCUCAGCUCGUCGCAGACGACCUUUGCGAUAGGGAUGGUGGUCUCCUCGGUCAUAGCCUCGGUCGGGCUCUGGUGUGUGCUUUUUGCCAGCAGUGAUGGGAGAAUUAGUCGCAGGACAGGCGCAGAUAAGAGGACAGCUGGAUUUCCGUUCAAGAAUUCGGAGGCUGAUAAAAAGCACUCGAAACGGUUGUAGCUGCUGGAGAUGUCAGGUAACUAGAGUCUAGUAUUUAGAGUCUUUUGUUAUCAUAUAAUGUAAAGGGCAAUUGAUUCACCCAUGGGAUAAAUAUAAAAAUAGU